AUGUUCCCUCAUCCGAGUUGCUACAGCCGUAUGUCGCACCUCCCUUCUUGUCAGUGGCCGUCACUGCACACCAGAUGGCCGGCCAAGCGCUCGCGAUUUUUGGCACUUUCAUCCCUUUAUCCUUUAUUGACUCUUGGCUUCCUAAAGACAUCCCUCAAACCCUGUGCGAAGGCUGCAGUCCCAGCCACCAAGAAGAAGAGGUCUCGACUGUUCUGCUCAUACUGCAAAAAGGCCAACCAUACGGUUGACACAUGCCGUCUUGUUCCUGGUACAAUCACUAUCCAGGGUGGUGGGGGGCAGAUGGCCCCAACCGGAUGCACGUUUCGCAUCGCAACUGGACGGGCCGAGAAAAAGGAAAAACAAGAAAAACAAUAA